AUGUACAAAAAUCACAUUAAAAAGAUCGUGGUGUUCUACUUCACCAGCGGCAUCGUUAAUUCAUCUGCCUGCACCAUUUACAUGGGAAAGGAUAAAUGUGAAAAUGAAGAUCUGAUCAAGCAUGAUUGGCCUCAAGAUAUCUGGUUUCAUGUGGCCAAACUCUCUUUGGCUCAUGUAUACCUUCGGUUGCACAAGGGAGAGAAUAUAGAAGACAUUCCAAAGGAAGUGCUGAUAGACUGUACCCACCUUGUGAAGGCCAAUAGCAUUCAAGGCUGCAAGAUGAACAACAUUAAUGUGGUAUAUAUGCUGUGGUCUAAUCUGAAGAAAACAGCUGAUGUGGAUGUGGGGCAGAUAGUAUUUCACAGGCAGAAGGAUGUAAAAACUGUGACAAUGGAGAAGAAAGUAAAUGAGACCCUAAACCGAUUAGAAAAAAGCAAAGUGGAGCAGUUCCCAGACCUAGCAGCAGAGAAAGAAUGCAGAGAUUGUGAAGAGAGGAAUGAGAAAGAAGCCCAAAUUCAGGAAAUGAAAAAGAGAAAAAGAAAAAAUGAAGAAGAGAGAAAUGGAUGA